GUCUGGGCUAGGUGGAUGAAUGGGAAUACAAUUUAACAUCAUAAUCAACCCACGACAGAGAGUUAGAAAGAAAGUUAGGCUUGACAAGCCCUGGGAAAAAUGUUAAAAGUAGGCCCUAGGAAAUGUUAGGCCUUGUGCUUGCUAAGAUCAUGUGAAACUGCACCCGUGUAAUCAGUAUAUGAUAAAUUAUACAAUUGUUAGAUGUGAUUAGAUAUAAUUAUUGUUUAAAGAAUCAUGAGAAACUAUGUUAGGGGUUUGGGGGGAUCACAAGAAAUCCAUGCUUGGGUAAAAUCAAUGCAUACAAUAGAACAAUGUUUAAUAAUUAAUAUGAAAGUUAUAUAAAAACAUGUUCAACUCAAAACCAAGUCGGGUCAGAUUUGGGUAUGUGUACCUGACACCCAGAGCUCUUAAUAAAGCACCUUCAUAUAAUCAUUCCAUGAUUAUGUGUUCCUGAAUGCUAACAACCCUAAGGGAAUGCCCCAUGGCCUCUUCCUUUAUUCGAAUAAAGUAAAAAGACUCCUUUGUCUCCUUUUUGGACAUAAACCUCUGGUGUUUGUGGAUUAAUUUUCCUGACACCCACUUAGAGGGGGAUUUGGAGCCUAGUGCAAGCUGUCACAGCAAAAGACAGUCCCAUGCGGCUACGCUUUGCUCUAACCUUCUUCCCCAGCUUCCAAGGACACAAAGGACCAGGGAACUGGAGCCGUUUCACAAGACUGAGAUGAAAACUCCACUAUCGGGUGUCCAAGAAUUCACACUUCAGGCUUGACAGAGCUCAACGGAACGCCCCGAGUCCCCGAGCACACGAGCGCAGCGGCGCCCGGUGCGAAAUCCUGCCGGGCUGCCCAGCCCCGGAGCCGCGGGGGCUCGGGGCGGUCCCCAGGUAACGGCGGCCGGAACAGCAUGGCCGCCCCCGAGCCGCGCACGCCGGGCGCCACCGGGACGCUCUUGGUACAGGAAGCGCUGGGCAACGCACCGGGGAAGAGGCGGCCUGCCCUCGCUUCUUUCUCCGCCUUUAGCUUCGUCCCGCCCAAACGGGAAGGGCCUCCAGAGCUGAGUUAUUUCAGCCGGCCGUACAAGACAGGAGAUUUUUUCACCUAUGAUGCCGUUUUUAGAAUACCAGAAGAUUACAACCAAUAUCUUCCGCGAUGUGACAGAAAACACGCAAAGGGUUGUGGCCUUAAAAUUCAUGAGGAGUUCUGAGUGGUUCACUUCUUUUGUUCAGUGCUGAGUGUCAAAGGAACACCCUGACAGUUUCUUCUAUAUUAGUGGUAAGUUCCAUAUAAUUGUUUGCAAAGCCAUUUCAUCUGCUCUCCUUCAAUAUCUCUUGCUAGAAUAACAAAUUCUUAGGUUACUAAUGUUCUGAGCUUACACUAUUUGAAAGCAUCUCAUUACCUUUUGGUAUGAGAUGCUUUUUGAGAUGGAAAGGUUUUAUGCAUGCCACAAAUUAACAUGAACAGAAUGGACAGCAUAAUACAAUGUAAUCAUAUUCUGGAUGUGGAUUUUGAAUCCGGUAAUCUCCAGAGAUUGUUGGGGAAAUUGACAGAUGCUGCAACUCACAAAUUAUUAACAAUAGCCUUGGAAGGAAAAAAAUGGCCGCAUUCUGUAUCUACUGGUAAAAUAUACAGAGUCAAUGAUGUGAAAGUUUCACCUUUUUUGUAUCAAAACAACAGUGCAAAUAAAACUAGGUGACGCUGGGAAUUCUGCUUUGCUACUCUACUAAGAAAUAGCUCCCCAACAGGGAGGAAGCACAAGCUAACCAGAAUAUGGCAGUUCAUCAGGUAUACAUGAUGCGAUUAGAACUAAAGCUCUCCUGUUUUCCCUUCAUCAUCUGCAAAGCAGUGCACUGACCCAAGUUA